AUGACUUACCAAGUCGAGAGUCUGAUGCCGCUCAUGGGCAUGAAAAUCCUAAACCUUUUUGAGGAAGAAACCCCUCAGAUAUUUUCACUUUGUGGACGGGGUCCACGCUCCUCUCUAAUAAGGAUACUCAGGCCCGGUUUGGCCAUCAACGANAUGGCUGUCUCUCAGCUUCCNGGUCAGCCAAGUGCUGUGUNGACGGUGAAAAAGAAUGUGAGUGAUGAGUUUCAUGCGUAUAUCGUUGUUUCUUUUACCAAUGCUACUCUUGUUCUUUCGAUUGGUGAAACCGCUGAAGAGGUUAAUGACAGUGGGUUUCUUGAUACUACCCCUUCCUUGGCUGUCUCUCUCUGA